ACCAGCCAAUCAAACUUGAGUAUGUGUUAGUCAGAAGCAAUGAAAAUAUAACACAAGGUUAUUUUAUCUGUUUUUCUCUCAUUUAAUUUUACUGCAAAAUAAAAAAAGUAAUUUUAUUGUAAUAAUUUUCAGUCUUACAAAACUGAAUGUUACAUGGGACUUACUGGAGGUCAACUGCACAUGUGAUUGUUAUGCAAAGAAAUCUUGUUAAAUGUCCACGAGUAACAGACAGAUAUUCUAUGUAGAAUUAGUCAUAAUUUUUCUUACUGGAAUUGGUGGAACAUUGGCUUUGAUAAGUGUUUGCCUGAGAAGUUCAUGGAUUUCUGUUAAACUGUUUAAAAAACUUCAUCGUUAUUCGCAUUUUGAUAAUUUGACCAAAUGUGAAACAUCAUGUCUGCUGACAAUAAUUGGCGUAAUAUGCAGUGCCACCUCAGCAUUGAUUGGAAUUAUACGGCAACGUAAGAUCAGUUUAAAGAGAGCGAAAACUUGUAGAACAGUGCAAUUUGUGUACCUGAUAGCCGGAUUUAUUAGCCUGCUUAGCUCUGUGGCUGUUUGGGCUGAUUUUCUUCGUCAUCUCCCUAACGAAAGUGUCUAUCCUUUGAAGAGGAAAUUCACCAAAUAUUUGUCUGACAAACAAAGACAACAACUCAAAGAUGACAAACCAGUAGUGGUAACAGAUUCCAGUGAUGUGAACAUCAAACAGUUUCAUUCACCAGUGAAAUGGAUCAAAUUUGUUGAAACUAUUCACAGGGAUUCACAUUCGCAUCAGAGUGCAAGUGAUCUGUUCGGUUGGGCGUAUUGGAUAUGUGUAGUGUCAGCGGUGUUUUUAUUUCUUGCUAAUUUAAUUUAUUUAAUGAGGAAGGAUUGUGAACGACAGCAAGCAACAGAAGCUGUUUAAUUUUGAACAGCUUUUCAACUAGGAGAGAUUGACUCCGCCUGCAAUUCUGAAAAAAAUUAACUUAUGCGAUAACUCAAAAACAUAAAUAAAUUCACAGGAUAUAAUCUAUUUUACUGUUUGUAUAUUGGUGAAAAUAAACCUUAGAGGAGAAUUUGAUUACAUUUCUUUUCAGGACCC